CUACAAUACUAACGUCCACAACGCCAGCCCUGGGCGACUACCUCCACAUCGAAAUCACAGUAUAACAAAAUCACCAAUCCACAGAAACCACCCAAGAUGCAACUCACCUCCAUCCUAGUGGUCUCAACCACCCUUCUAGCAUCCCAGGUCCCCGCACAAUUCAUUCGCUCAAUGGUCCCCAAUGUCCCAACCUGGAGCGGCAUAGCCGUACCCUCGUCCAUGGCAACACCCUCCAGCUCAGCCUCAAUUGCAAGCCACUCCUUCGGACCAAUGCACAUCGCAGCACAAUCCUCCAUGAGUUCCGUCGCUCUACCCUCCUCUUCGCACUCGAUAGCUUCAGUCGCAACGCCCUCGGCCUGGUCGAGCUUCAAUACCUUUAACCAGAACCAGGGACUUCGGCAACCGGCUGCGCAGCAUCAGGGUCAGGCCUACGCAAUUCCGGAUGGUGGUCUUGCUCCGGUCGAUCCGUUGGAGCCUGGCAGUAACGUUGCGCCGGUGUUGAUUCAGAAGCCGAGUGGUAUUGAUGAGGGCAAUUCUUUCUGUAUCGGACAGUGCUAUGCUAGUGAGGAGGAGGCGCAAUGUGAUGGGCCUACUUCUUCGCCUUUGUAUAGGCCUGCGUAUGGUUGCUGGAUGUGCUGCUUCACUCCUGGUGAUUUCUAGGGGGGAUACGUUUACUAUCUAGCAUGCUUUGAGAGGUCUCUUUCCGAGUUACGGGUAUUUUGUUGGGACUGUGUGGUUGUGGAAGUUUUGUCAUUUUUCGGGGCUUUGGGGAGAAGUUGGUUGUAUGGCUGGCAGCCUUGUUCUCUUUUCUUAUGUUUCCAGUCUCGGAAAGUCGGAUUUCGUAUUAUAGUUAGUUAGUACCCAUUAGUACCAUGUC